AGCAGGUGGCAGCUAGCGCUUCACCACAGAAGCUCAUCGUUUCUCCUCUUCUGGAAGCAUUUUUUUCUUCAAUUCUAUCUGGAUAAAAGGGGGGUUUUCCCCAAAUUCUCAACUUUCCUGGAAUUUCAAAUUCCGCGGCAAGAUGGAGUCCUGAGGCAGCCGUUGAACCCCUGAUUUUUCUUUCCGCUUCAAUUCACUUCGUCUUCUCAGAAACCUUUGUUUCUGUCUUUCUUUCUCGGUUGGGAACCAAAUCGAAAGUUGUUAUCUUUGAGCUUGGACAUCUGAGAUGUCUUUAGGGCAACGAGGGUCUGCUAAUCCUGCAGCCAUGCUGGCUUCUCUCAUGAGCAAGAGAGAAAAGAUCCAAGUAGAGCUCCGCAGCAUAGAAAAGCAGGUGUAUGAAUUGGAGACAAACUAUUUGCAAGAUUCAAGCCAUUUUGGGAAUGCAUUGAAAGGAUUCGAAGGGUUUCUUUCUUCGUCCAAGAACACAACAAACCUAAAGAGGUCCAGGAAAUUUCAGCCAGAAGACAGACUCUUCUCCUUGUCAUCUGUUACCUCACCAGCAGCUGAAGAACUUGGACUUCGACAAGAUGAUGGAAGAACUGAUUUUGGUCCAGGUCGUCCUAAGGCUGGAGCUUUACCUGCCAAUGGCCAAGGGAAGCCAAAGAAGGGAAGAACCAUGACAACACCAAAAGAUGGAAGGAGAAUUAGACAAUCUGGAGAACCCGAUUUUGAUGAUGAAGAUGACCCUGACAUGAGCUUGAGAUAAACUUUGUAUGAAGUACUUCCUGAUGUAAAAUCUUAACUCAGAUUUCAGGGUUUAUAAGAGAUUGAGAGAAACUUAGCUUCGCAUAAGGUCUAUGUGGCUUUUAGCACGUAGACGAUAACGCAGAUAAGGAUCCUUAAAUUAUGUUUAAUAUGUUGUAUUCUAUGCGUACUGAGAAUGUUUCUUGCCAUCAACAUUAUGUAGAAUUAUUGGCCUAAAUAAAAACUUGAUUAGUCUCGUGGUACAUAUAAAUCUCCCUGUAAGCA